AUGAACACCCUCGACCACCCCGAGCGGCGACCUCUACUAUCUCCCACGGCGUCUCAUCUAUCGUCUACAGCAACAGUCCCGGACGUCAAGCACUCAAUAGGCAAAGUAGGAGGGUCAAGGGAGGAGGAAAUCGUCACUGGGAGCCUCCGUCCAACCCGAUCAGUGGAGGAUGAUGUGCUUCCAGAGACAUCAACACUUGGCCGCACAUUGACUUGGCAGAGCGCAUACAUCCUCGUUAUCUCCAGAGUCAUAGGCAGCGGCAUUUUCGCUACUCCUGGCGCAAUCCUUCGCUCAGUCGGCAGCCCGGGUCUGGCACUCCUACUAUGGGUCGUUGGUGCCAUCGUUGCUGCUUGUGGGUUGAUGGUCUCGCUUGAGUUUGGUACCAUGCUUCCACGAUCUGGAGGCGACAAAGUUUAUUUGGAGUUUACGUAUCGUCGACCACGCUUUUUGGCGUCAACACUCAUCGCCAUUCAAGUUGUUCUCUUGGGAUUUACGGCAAGCAACUGUAUCGUGUUCAGCGAGUACCUGCUAUUUGCUGUUGGUGGCGAAAAUCCAAGCGACUUUCUUCGAAAGGGACUUGCAGUUGCACUGCUCACCGCUGUCACUACCAUUCAUGGAUGUUUUCCGCGUUUCGGCGUCAAGUUACAAAACCUUCUAGGAUGGAUCAAAGUGGGUUUGGUCGUUUUCAUGAUAUUCUCUGGUCUUUAUGUUAUUUUAUUCCGACCGCCCACCGAAUCGGCACGGUCAACAUCUGCCAUCGUCUCGUGGGGAAAUCUUUGGGAGGACACGAAUUGGAACUGGGGUGUUAUUGCAACUUCUCUGUUCAAAGUGUUUUACUCCUAUUCUGGCCUUGACAACGCCAACUAUGUUCUAAACGAGGUCAAGGACCCAGUGCGGACGCUGCGGUCAGUGACAACGGCGGCCCUAAUCACUGCGUGCGGGCUGUACACUCUCACCAACGUGGCGUAUUUCCUCAUUGUGCCUGCCGAGGAAAUCAAAGAGAGCGGUGAGCUUAUAGCGGCUCUGUUCUUUGCACGAACUUUUGGCGAGGGAGUUGGCAAAACCAUCCUCCCGUUGGCUGUUGCGCUAAGCGCUGGGGCUAACGUCCUUGUCGUUGCUUUCUCUGCGCGCUUGCUGUCGGGGCUGGUCUUCUGUGGCUACGUUGGCGGCGACCCGACCUGA